GAGGAUUAAGUGACCUCUCUGGCCCUUCUCUUCUCAUUUAAAACCCAAGCGGCUGUCAGAAGACCCAGUCUUCGGAGUUUUGAAGCCACCAAACAGUCGUCUUCCCAUCAUGAUUUGGUUCAUUCUGUCCCUUUUCCUUUCUUUGGAGUCAAACGCUCACUCUUUCCAGUUUGAGGAGCUCGCGAAGUACAUUGACAGCCAUGAGGAGGAGUACGUGGAGAUCCUCAGGGACUGGGUGGCUGUGGAGAGCGUUUCCACCGAUGUGCAAAAGAGGCCGGAUGUGGAGCGCAUGAUGGAAAUGACUGCAGAGAAGCUGAAGAACAUGCAGGGGAAGGUGGAGCUGGUGGACGUCGGACAACAGGAGCUCCCUGAUGGCACAACCAUCCCUCUGCCCAAAGUGGUCACUGCUCAGUUUGGCAGCGAUUCCAGUAAGCGUACGGUCUGCAUCUACGGCCAUGUGGACGUUCAGCCCGCCAGCAAGGAGGACGGCUGGGCCACGGAGCCGUACAAUCUGACUGACCUCAAUGGAAACCUCUAUGGCAGAGGGGCUUCGGACAACAAGGCUCCAGUCCUGGCCUGGAUUCACACGGUGGAAGCAUAUCAGAAACUCGGCAUUGAGCUCCCGGUGAACGUGAAGUUCAUCAUCGAGGGCAUGGAGGAGACCGGCUCCGAUGGCCUGGAAGCUAUGGUCAAGGUCCAGAAGGAUUCCUUCUUCGCUGACGUGGACUACAUCGUCAUCUCGGACUGCGGCUGGCUGAGCCGGCGCCCGGCGCUCACCUACGGCACCAGGGGAAACUGCUACUUUCAUGCCGCGGUGGAAGGACCCAAAGAGGACCUGCACUCUGGUGUACAUGGAGGAACUGUGAUCGAACCCAUGACAGACCUCAUUGGCAUCCUGAACACUAUGAUCAGCCCCAGCGGUCAAAUCCUGAUCCCAGGCAUCUGUGAAGCAGUAUCCCCAAUGACGGAGAAGGAGCGAGCGACAUACGAGAGCAUUGAGUUCGACAUGGAGGACUACAGGCAAAACAUUGGCGUCGAGCGGCUGAUGCACAGCAACAAGGUAGAGCUGCUGGCCCACCGUUGGCGCCAGCCGACAGUGUCCAUCCAUGGCAUCGAGGGAGCCUUCUCUGAUCCCGGCUCCAAGACCGUCAUUCCCGCCCGUGUCAUCGCCAAGUUCUCCAUCCGCCAGGUGCCUGACAUGGACCCAAAGGAGGUGGAGAAACAGGUGAAGGAGCACCUGGAAGCUGCUUUUGCCAAGCGAGGGACCCCAAACAAGCUGAAAGUGACCAUGGUCUUAGGAGCCAAGCCCUGGCUGGCCGACCCCCAGCAUCUACUGUAUGAGGCAGGGAAGGCUGCAGUAAAGACAGUGUUCAACGUAGAACCUGACCUGGUCCGUGAGGGAGGUACCAUCCCCAUUGCUCGGACCUUCCAAGAGGUGGUGGACAAGCCCAUCAUCAUGCUGCCCAUCGGAGGCUUCGACGAUGGCCUGCACUCCCAGAACGAGAAGAUGAGCAGGUACAACUACAUAGAAGGAACGAAGCUCUUCGCUGCCUACCUGCAUGAAGUCUCUCAGAUGAAGGACUGAGAGGAGAGGGUCAGUGAUGGACCCGUGAAGCAGCACUCAAGGGCUCGUCCUUUAGCUUGGCAGCAAGUCUUCUGCGCACAACUCAUAAUCAUCCAGCUACACAUACUCUUCUUGGGCUAAAUUGCUUGUGUGAACCCAAAGAAACUGCACAUCUGUCCAAAAACAAAAAGCUGAAGCAGAUCAUAGGACAUCUUGUAUGAGGAAAUAAAGAAGUAGCCUA